AUGGAGACAGCAGGGUCUAUGGAGAAUGUCAAAGAAGAUGGCUGGAGCGACAGCUCCCAAGAAAGCAGUUCAGUCAGCGACAUCACAUCGAACGAGGACCUGGUGGUGCCCGGUGCCGCAUCGGUGACCUUGGCGGCAGACUUCAGCGCCGACGCUGUCUACGACCAUCUCAGGCGCCAACUGGAACAGUCUGGUGUGCUACCGAGGAACUGGAAGGUGCAUUCGGACACGAUAGACACAUCGAAAGACGACUCAUCGGUAUCAUCGAAGAUUGCGUUACCCUAUCCUGCUCUGUUUCCACAAAUCGCGACUUCUGUGGUCCAAGGAGGUGUUAAAAGUUGGCGAGAUUCAGACCACAAGUUUCUCCGGCUUAAUCUUCCCGUUGGUCUUGAUAACCAGUACUUCGUCGCCUCCCUUGUCACUCAACUGGUGGCUUCACAGACAGAUGGACGGUUGACACCAGUUGUACUUCGCCAGGAUGGUGCAGGCGUAGGUGCAACCGAGCGUCUGUUGAUGUCGCUCUGCUAUCACAUACUCAGCGAUCGCACUGCAGAUUGGGAAUUCCCGGAGCUCCUCGGCGAACUCAAAGUCUCGUUUUUCGGGCUGAACGUUGGUUGGAGAGAAGACCUUAUGUGGGCAUUACUCCAUCGUCUGCUUACCCAGGGCGGGAACCUACCACGACUACUGGUGUUGAGUCUUCCCUUCGAAUCAAGCAGCGCCCAGAACAGUCUUUUGGCGGAUCUUGAACGGCUACUGGAUCUGAUGGACAACACAGACAGGAGAAUCAAGCUUCUGCUAUUAGUUGGGCACACAAUUCAGAAUGAUAUCGUCAAAACCCGUAAUACCUUCAUGGAAGAGUGCCAGACCAUGGAGAUCGAUAUACUGGAGAGCUCAACACAACAAGCUUUUCAAGCUGAUUUGCAGUCGCAUUUCACUACCAGAUUUGCCGCACGUCCAUCGUUGCAAGAGGACGGCGACGAAAUGAUAUCGACCAUUAUGCAGCAUGGUCUUGACCCGCUGUCUGCUAUCUCGACUCUGGAUGCCAUGAGCAAUCGUCCUUGGCUUUUCUUGCCCCGAUCCGAGGUGAAAUCAGCUCUGGUGCAUGACACACCCUCGAUUGUAGCGAGAAUACCAGAAGCGGACCGAUCGAUUAUUGCACAAAUUCUGAGCAUCUUACGCUAUUGUGCACGGCCUCUGACUCUUCGGGAGUUGAGCGAGGCUCUGACUGCAGGAGAUGAGUCUGCACUUGCUCCAUCAGAAGGAAAAGUCGCUUGGGAUAUCACAUACGGUCUAUCCCAAUCCCUGGCGGGCAUAGUUCGCGUUGAGGAUGAUCUGGUCAGGCUUCUCCCAGCAUGUCCGGCCGACAGCGCGGGGCAACAGCGACUAUCCCUGGACGAUGCUGCUGGAUGGCUUGAUCUGGGUCCUGCGGCUGAAAUGCGACUCGCGCUUCUUUGUCUGAGAUGUAUAUCUACUUCCUCGACAGUGAUAGAAAGCGUCAAGGCUGGCGACGAAGACGCCAUCGAUAAGAAGAUGCCGUUCCUCAACUACGCUGCAUCAUUCUGGUAUUACCACUACAUACGAGCAGUUGAGAACGGAGGCGCCAACAAUAAAGUGGCCAAACUUCGUUUCUACGAGCCAAUCAUAAUCAACACAUGGCUCGGACUACAGGGCUCCUUCUACUCAUCCAGCUUGAUGGCUUUGAGCGAAGAAAACCCCAACGAGUUGGAUGAGCUGUCGCCGUUCGCGAUAGCCGAGGAAUUUGGCAUCCGCCUCAGCGACGCUAUGACGGUCGUUGAUCUUGUUGAAUGUCAGCUUUUGACGGUUAAGAGGGAUGUCCACGGUGCCAGAGGCUUCCUGCUCGGGGAUGAGAAGAGCUGGAAGGAUGUCAGCCCUGCGAAAGAUAGGUUGAACAAGGCUUUCUCGCAUUGCAGCCCGACAUCCCUGGUCAGCGGGUCUGUCUAUUUGCCUGAGAGUGCAUUCAAUUUACUCCGAGCAGACCCAGACGUUGUUCGAAAGAACGCCAUGUCGCUCCUCAACACUGCGGUCCGUCAGGCAAACAGCGAACUCGUGAAGGCGUGUUUGCCUCAUGUCACAGUAGACAUCAAACUACUCUCACUCCUUCCAUACGACUCUGUAUCCCUGGGUCCCGGCUGGACAACCAUCGUUGAAGCAUUGCCGCCAGCAGAACUCGAGCUUCUGAAAGACGGAACGGCAAGUCCGAUCGCAAAAGAGAUACUUGGUGGAGCAAUUCGGCAUGGUCAACACCAUUUUGUCGAUUUUUUGAUGCAUUGCGACUUUUGCUUCCCACAGCCGGACUUUGUGCAGCUCUUGUAUGUUGCGACCAAGGCGGGCCAAAGAAGCACAGUCAAACGGUUGCUCGAAUCCCACAAGUCGACUUCGCUUGUCUGCGAGUCGAGUGUUGAUACUGCGUUGCAUUGUGCUAGUGCUUGCGGCUUUACAGAAAUUGCAGAAUUGCUCCUGGCAAGAGGCGCAUCCGUCUCAGCGAAGGAGUCAACUCAAGACACUCCACUACACUUGGCUGCCAACUAUGGUCAUUUGGAGGUUCUGCGAUCGUUGAUCGAGGCAAACAAAACAGCUGUACGGAGCCACAUAUCAAAUGUUUCAACUGAAGGCGUAGAGAACCCUUCAAAUGAAGGCGUGGAAAUGGCUUCUGACUCGGAAACAUCUGGAAAUGUGCCUGCCCCCCCGCCAGCCACAAUCGAUGCACUUGAGAUGCAAAAUGAAAGCAGAUCCAUCCCUCUUGAGGUGGCCAUAAGAUCUGGAGACGAGGCUGUCGUUGCUCUUCUCUUGGACCACACACCGCGCGCAAUGGUCCUCGAACGCGAGCCCCUACACAUUGCCAGCCGUUGCGAAAAUCUGGACGUCCUGCGACUCGUGAUGCAAUACGGUGGGAUCAAUCUCGAUCGCAGGACUGAUAGUGGCUGGUAUGCUCUUGAGAUUGCCUGUUCCAUGGAGCGUCUCGAGGUAGCGCGAAUACUGCUUGAGCACGGUGCUACGGCUUGGCCGCCUGAUACAGAGACCUAUGAUUACCCAUUCAGCAGAUUGUCUUACUCUGAGAAUACGCCCGAGGUAACGAAACUCGCGGAGUUGCUCACCAAUGGGAACAAUCGACCAGCCAAAUCUGUCUUGACCAGCAUGCUCCUGUACAUGGCUGGCCAGCCGAAUGAGGUACUGAUUGCUACGCUCCUGGACGCCGGGGCAGACAGAGACGCGACUGACGCUUGGGAGCGUACCGCCGCCCAUGUGUCCGCUAUGAACGGGAACGAAUCCGUGCUGCGAGUACUUCUUAUGCGUGGUGCGGAGACGUCCACGAUGGACAAAGACGGCCAGUCGCCACUAGCCGAAGCCACUGCAAUUGCCCACCUUGGCUGUAUGCGCCUGCUACUACAGAGGGGCGACAGACUUUCGCGCAAAACUGCUGAAGCCACGUUACUCAAGAUGAUGAGGACGGAGAAUAAGGAGAUAUUGGAGGCGCUCAAGAUGAUGCUCGAGCGUCACGAGGAAUUGCGUGGGGCGGAGGUACUAUGCGAAUGCUUCCACGCUGCUCUUCGACAAAACAACGGCGAGGUCGUAUCUUUGCUGCUUGAUUAUGGGGCUAAUGAAAUCUACACGGCUCGGAAGGGGACAUUUGGUAGCGCUAUUCAUGAGUGCGCGUACUAUGGAAACGUCAAAAUGGCUCGAGAUUUGCUCGAUCACAAGAGUGCGGUACGCGGAACCACGGUAAAUCACCUGGCUGGCCAGUAUUGGACUCCCCUGAUUGCUGCAGUAUCGUGGCGCUACCCGAAGUCACCCCAAAAUUCCAAAGGCAAGGCGCUGAGGCAACGCCGCCUGCUCAGGCAAAUGAAUAUGGUGGAGUUGCUUAUCAACCGAGGCGGCAAGCCAAAAUGGACUGGCGGUAGGUUUGGAACUAUGCUCAACGCGGCCGUCGCCAAUGGAGAACCAGAUCUCGUACGUUAUUUGAUCGACAAAGUAGGCUUCAAGGUGGACGAAGUGGACGACGAGGGCCGAAGUGCUGCUCACGUGGGCUGCUCAUCAUUGAACGGACGAGAGUCGAUCCACACGUUGAAUGUUCUUCCCAAGGAGCUGCUGUGGACGGCCGACAACUACAAACGGCUACCUUUGCACUUUGCAUGCAGUGGGCAAAACCGUGGCAUUCUCGAAAGUCUGUUCUACCACAAUUUGACGGCCGAGCAAGUCAACCUGGCUGACGAAGAUGGUUGGACGUCUCUACAUUGGGCUUGUAGACAAUGGGACGUUUCCAUUAUUCGCCGUCUCAUUUCAUGUGGCGCGAAUACCGACUCUCUCACCAAAGACAGACAGACCCCGUGGGACGUCGCUGUGUUCCACGACAAUGUCGAGUUCGCGUCUGCUCUGGGUAGAGAUGAGUCGGAGGCCGAUGAGGUUGACAUCGUAGAUCACGAAGUGAAGCGAUGGUCUUUAGCCUCAUUGCUAUGUAUACGGAACGAGAUACACGUGUCGGCAAUGCCCUGA